AUGCAAAGACAUAAUAUUGAUGAAAAUAAUAGACAAAGUGUGAUUAGCUGGGAUAUUAAGGACGAUUCCUACGUUCAGCACUUGGGUCGUGAUACGCAACGAUACUCAAAUAUCGCAAAAAGCUCAGUCAAACAACAUUCUAUCGAUAACUACAAUGAGCUUAAGCCAAGCUAUCAAUGGUUUGAAAGACCAGAUAAGGAUAAUCCACUUGAAUUUGAUAGCAAAGUUAAACUACUCUAUCCGAAGGAUUCAAAUGACUUGGUCGAUCAGUUAAGGUCCAAAAUGUCUAUCUCCUCACCAAUUAGACUUCACAAAUUUCAUUACAAAGACGCAGCUCAAGUUAAUGAAGAAUUAGUUCCUAUAAGACUUGAUUUCGACUUGGAUUACUUGAAAUUGAAGGAAGUCUUUUGUUACAACCUCAAAGAACCUCAUCUCUCACCAAAAUUAUUGGCUGUUUCAUUAUGUCACGAUUUCGGUUUAAAUGAGGUUACCGCUGCUCAUCUGAUUGAAAAAUCCAUAAAUGAUCAACUCGAUGAAUGGAAAUCUUUCGUACAUGAAUACUCAUCGAUACACAGUCCAUCAACCUCCACCAAUACUCAAGGUACGCUCAAUAACUCCGACUGUGAAUGGUGGCAAGCUUUCAAGGACAACAAUAUACCCGAGAAAUACGAUGAUCAAGUCAAAUCCGUAAAGGAUGAGAAAUUCAUCCACGAAGAUAUCAGAAUUCUAAUCAAGUUGGACAUUAUUCACACCCCUCAUCACUUGAUCGAUCAAUUUGAAUGGCCACUUUUCACAACCCUUCAACCAAACGCGCCAGAGUUAUUCGCAGUGAAUUUUGCUGCAGAGAUGGGCUUGCCGGGUGAAUUCGUCACUUCAAUAUCUCAUAAUAUACGAGAACAAUCCUCAUUCUACUUGAAAUCUCUCUCAAGGUUGAAUUACCCAAUACUUAACGGAAAUUCAGUUGAAGGAAUACCAGAUGACGAGUUGCGCAAGUCAUUCUUACCACAUUUGUCAGAGCAUUCAAUCGAACGUUCGACCAAAGAUAGUAUAGAUCAUACGCCGAAGUUGGACUUGCUUUCACACGAGGACAUAAUCAAUUACGAAAAAGAGUUAGAAAAGGAGAGUAAAAGGAGAAAAAGAGCACAGAGAAAUAGGAGAUCAAAUCUGACACUUCUUCCCCAAGACAGAGAGCCUAUCAAAACUUACAGAACUCCGCCAAAGUUCCCAGAGACUUUCAUAUCUGUUCCUCACUCAUUCCUUAAAGAGCAACCAAUCGCUAUCAACCAGCAAACCCAACAGAAUCAACAAUUGUCUACCAACUAUCCACGAAGAGCAGCUGCAGCUAAAGCAAGCUUGAACAUUUCUUCAUCAGCUCAAGCCGAGUUGGCGGAAAUAGAUAACAACGCAGAAGAUGAAGAUUAUGGUGCAGACGAUAGUCAAUUCGAUAACUUUACGUCAACUAUGGAAUUUGAUGAGCAUGAAAAUAAAUAUGUUAAGAAACCUAUGCAGUUACAACCCUUCGAUCAAUCAAAGAUGGCUAUCACGAAAAGACCCAGAUUCAUUGAAAAUAUUCCAACCAAGCUUGAAUACACACCUACAUCUAGGUUGAGACCAGAUGCAAAGAUUUUCGUUUCAAACCAAGAAAAACCAAACAAUUUAAUGAAGUUUGGGCACGGUAAAGCUUUUAGAGGAGAAUUGUCGCCGGGAACUGAAGUUAAGAAGCUAUCAGCGGCUACUUUGAGCAUAUAUUCUUAUUUCUCCACUGAGAAUCAACACGAGAACAUGAUCAAUGGAGUAUGGCACUGUUCGAAUUGUGGUGUACCUGAAAUGUUCGCCAUUGGUCGUAGGAAAGGACCUAUGGGUGAUAAGAGUUUGUGUGGGGAUUGUGGAAAGUAUUUGCAUAAAAUACGCAAGAACAAGCCUGUCAUUUACAAUAAUGAUAUUGAAUAUCAUCGUAAUCUACGCUUGCAAGUGGAAAAAGAGGCUGAAGAGAGACUUAAUAACCAAAAAACUAAUGCUCAACGCUAUAGAAAAGAACUCAAAGCUUCAAGACAAGCCCAGAAAGUUGCGAAAGAAGCUGAGCACCUAGAUUAUUACAGUCAAAACAAACGCAAGCAAAUCAUCGAUGAUAGUGAUGAAGAUGAUAGCUUCGAUUUUGGCAAGCGCAAUAAACAUAAAUCUUAUGAUGACGACGACGAUGAUGAGUCGUAUAACGAAGAUGAUGACAGCGCACCAUCACGUCCACAACGGGUUAGAAAAGUACCAUCACACCAAGCAAGGUCACCAUCAAGUAGUCAAUCUGAAGCUAAUGGUGAUACAACGAGGCUGUCGGUAGAUAGGCCAACACGUCAAUCGGCAUCAACUCCACAAUGGUUAACAGAUGCAGCGCGCUUACUUAGGCAUCGGUAUCCCAACGAUCGAUUCGUUAUAAUCGACAAGCCACCACAAAGCGCUGACGGAUCUCCAGAAUGGCGUAUAAAAUGUCUUGAUUGUCCAGGAAAGAUGUACACUCCAGGCCCAGGUUUGAAUGUUGAGAAUUUCGAAAAGCACUUAAAAAAUCGUCAACAUAAGCAGAAGGUUGGAAUACGAUUAGGCUUUCCGAUGGGCAAUAACGGUAUCAGUCCAAUUGGACAGCCAAGUGUACUCAGUCCAAGUCAACCUGUGAUAAGUCCAAUUUCUCAUCCAUUACAGUUGCAAUCACAGCCUGCAUCUAGACCACCAUCUAGUCAACAGCAGCAUCCUCAACACGUGCAACACCAGCAGCACUUGAAAGCGUCACCAAUGUACCCAACAAUGGGUAUGCCUAUGUCUCAAUCACCUGCACAGCAAACUGAUGUAUUGGCUGCUGCUAUGUAUCAAUCUCAUUCGCAGAACCUCAACCAUGGACAUCAUUCAAUUCCACAUUCACAAUCAAUUACACCGCAACCCCAACCGCCACCAAUCCAUCAUCAACCACAGUCAUCUAUUCAUGCAAUGCAAGAAGCACCUACACAGUCUCAACAUCAUCACCUAUACAACCAUCAACAAUUUGUUAAUAUCCCUCACGAAACGGCAAGACCUGCAGAGUCAAUACCAAGCAGUCUAGACAUAUCCAGUAUGGAUAUGAAUUUGAUUGGAAUGCCUUCCUUCGAUUUUGAAAGUGGUAUUGGUGGUAAUGAGCAUGCUGGUUCAGGCACUUACUAA